AUGGAUUAUAUCGCUAUAUUUCGUCAAAAUGUUAAAAAAUACUCACAAAAACCAUGUUUUCUAUUUGACGAAAGAGUUUUUACAUUUCAACAUGUUGAAGAAUUCAGCAAUCGUUUAGCAAACUAUCUUUCAGCUGAAGGUUUUCAACAUGGAGAUGUAAUUGCUCUUAUCUUAGAAAAUUGUAUUGAAUAUCCAUGUGUGUGGGUUAGUCUAUCCAAAUUAGGAAUAAUUGCAGCUUUAAUUAAUUCAAAUUUACGCUCAAAACCAUUGAUACAUUCCAUUAAAACAGCUGGUGCUAAAACAGUCAUUACAUCUAAACAACUUCUUCAGGAAAUUGAAACAGAACUCAAGGAAUUUAAUUUUAUUAAAAUAUAUAUUUUUGAUCCAAAUACAUCAUCGAAUAACAGUGAACAAUCUGAUUCUUCCACUCAAGUAGUCAAUCUUGAUAAACAACUUCCAAGAUGUUCAGCUCAACCAUCAAAGCCAAUUCCAUUUAGUUUACAACAUCCAGUAUUUUAUAUCUAUACAAGCGGAACAACGGGCUUACCAAAAGCAGCAGUUAUCAAACAUUCAAGAUUUCUUCUUGGAUCAUUUGGUUUUCUAGUUGCUACAGGUAUAAAUAGCAAGGAUAUUGUUUACAACACUUUACCAUUAUAUCAUUCACAUGGUGGAUGGAUUGGUGUUACAUACAGUCUAAUGGGCGGAGCCACAGUUGUAUUUCGAAAAAAAUUUUCGGCCAGUAAUUUUUGGAAAGAUUGUAUUAAAUAUAAAUGUACGUGUUUUUUAUAUGUUGGUGAAUUAUGUCGAUUUUUGUUAGCUCAACCAUCGAGUCCCGAUGAUCAAAAUCAUCAAGUACGUUUUGCAUCUGGCAACGGUUUAAGAACAAAUUUAUGGCAACAAUUUUCAAACAGAUUUAAUAUUAAAAAUAUACAAGAAUUUUAUGCAGCAACAGAAAGCAAUGCCUAUUUUUUCAAUAUUGAUUCAAAAGUGGGAUCAUGUGGAUUUAAUUCGGUAAUAGCACCAAAGUUAUCAGCCGUUGUAUUAUUAAAAUUUAAUCCGACAACAAUGGAACCAAUUCGAAAUGAAAAAACUGGCCUUUGUAUUAAAUCUGAUAUAGGUGAACGUGGAUUAUUAGUUGGAAUGAUACGUGCAACUGUCUUACAAGCGUUUGAUGGUUAUGUGAAUAAUUUAUCGGGUACACAACGAAAAAUGAUCAGCAAUGUUCUCAAGAAAGGAGAUUCUGCGUUCAAUACAGGCGAUAUUAUUAUUGUUGACAAAUUCGGUUACUAUUAUUUUUGUGAUCGUACAGGUGAUACAUUUAGAUGGCGUGGUGAAAAUGUAUCCACUGUGGAAAUUGAAAAUAUAUUAAUGGAUAUUUUAAAAUUAUCAGAUAUAGUUGUAUUUGGUGUUAGUAUACCAGAGACGGAUGGCAAAGCGGGCAUGGUUGUAAUAAAAAAAGAUAAUGAAUCAUCUCCUAUUGAUUUAAAAUAUUUAGAAGAACAGAUUAAAACACAUUUGGCAUCUUAUGCGCGACCGAUUUUUAUUCGUUUAACUGAACAAAUUGAAAUGACAGGAACAUUUAAAGUAAAAAAGACAACAUAUCAAGAUGAGUCGUAUGAUAUAACACGUACUAAUGAUGAAAUUUAUUAUUUAAAUCCGUCCACUAAAAUGUAUCAACGAGUUACAAAUGAUAUAUACGAAAAAAUAAAUCAGGGAAAAAUAAAAUUUUAA